AUGACUAAGUUAUUGGACAAUGUGGAGCUGAAAAAUCAGAGACUUGCAAUCAAUUUUGUGAUGAGAAAGGAGAAGAAUGGUGAGACAAAUGUGUGCACUCCUAGAUCCAAGAGGAAGAUUCAAAAUUCUGCAAGCCAGCCCAAGUACAUUCAGCAACUCUCAUGCAUUCGCCGGCCUGAUAUCGACCGUAACAAUUUUGAGUUUCAACCGGCAUUCAUCAAUAUGUUGAGCUCAUCGGCUUUCAGAGGUAAACCUAACGAAGACCCGAUCCCUCACUUGACUCGAUUCAAGCUACUAUGCCAGUCAGUGAGGACAGUCCGCGGAGUUACCGAUGAGUCUCUCAUGCUCAUAGCCUUUCCAUUCUCCUUAAUGGAUACUGCUCUGGAAUGGCUCUACACACUACCUCCAGAUUCCAUAUGCUCAUGGGAACAGAUGCAAGAAAAGUUCAUGCAGCGGUUCUUCCCCGCUAGCAAGACCCAGCUCGCGAAACAACAAAUUAACUCAUUUUUGCAGGAACCUGAUGAAUCCUUACGUGAAGCUUGGGAUCGCUUUCAAGGAUACCAAAGAACAUGUCCUCACCAUGGAUGGGAUAAAAGGUACCUUAUUUCCACUUUCUUGCAGGGAUUAAAGGAGGACACUCAGGUUCUUAUUCGAGUAGCAUGUGGAGGAAGCCUCAACGAAAAGUCAUUCGACUUCAUAGAGCAACAGAUCAACAAGAUGGCCAACGAGUGUGCUCCCUCUCACGAGUUUAUCAGAAACGUUAGCCUCAAAGACAGUCAUGCAGGUAAGGAAAGUCUAUCUGAAAUUCAGGCAUUACGUGCAGAAUUGGCAAAACUUAAAAUGCAGGUUGAGAAUGCCCAUCAGAUCUCAGACUUAGACACAUCAGCCAACGGGUAUAAGAUCGAAGACGCCUACUAUGUAGAUAACAACCUGUACUCGAACGUGUCCAAUUCGGGGUGGAAGAAUCAUCCAAACUUCUCGUACAAGAAUUCUUCCGACGUCUUGAAUACUCCCCUCGGAAAUUUUGGUGGUCCGGCUAAUCCGG